AGGAAGUGACUUCAUGCUAUGGCCGGCCCGCGAUGUGGUGGCUUCUUCUCCCGCGAUCCCGUCAAGGAUUUUCCCUUCGAGACGGGGCGGCGCCGCCCGAGGCUUCGGCUCGGCCUUGGCGGCUGCAGUCCGGGCCGCAGGAAGGGUACCAAUGACCCCGUGUCCAUCUUCAUGUACGACGUCAAGCCCAACUCUGAUGAGCAGACGCAAGUGGCAAAGGCAGCGUUCAAACGGCUGAAAACCCUGCGGCACCCAAACAUCCUGUCCUUCGUCGAUGGGCUGGAGACAGAGAAAUGCCUGUACGUGGUGACGGAGCCGGUCACACCGCUUGGAACCUACCUGAAAGCAAAAGAGGAUGUGGGUGGGCUGAGCCAGCUGGAGAUCUCCUGGGGUCUGCAUCAGGUUGUGAAAGCCUUGUGUUUCCUUGUGAACGACUGCAACCUGAUCCACAACAAUGUCUGCAUGGCGGCCGUGUUCGUGGACCGCGCUGGCGAGUGGAAGCUGGGUGGCCUCGACUACAUGUAUGCGGCGCAGGGCGACACACCGCAACCACUGAAGGGCUUCCCAGAGCUCGACAAGUACGACCCGCCGGAGAAGACUGACACGGGCGCUGGCAAAGGUGGAGGGGAGAAAUGGUCGGCUGAUAUGUGGCGCCUGGGCUGCUUAAUCUGGGAGAUUUUCAACGGGCCACUGCAGAGACUGUCCUCCCUCCGCUCCCUCGGAAAGAUCCCUAAGCUGCUGGUCCCACAUUACUGUGAGCUUGUCGGAGCCAAUCCCAAAAUAAGGCCCAACCCAGCCAAGUUUCUGCAGAACUGCCGCAAACCCAACGGUUUCAUGAACAACAGUUUCAUAGAAACCAACCUGUUCUUGGAGGAGAUUCAGAUUAAGGAGCCGGCCGAGCGACAGAACUUCUUCUCGGAGCUGAGCUCACAGCUCGACAACUUCCCAGAGGACUUCUGCAAGCACAAGAUCCUGCCGCAGCUGCUGACGGCGUUUGAGUUCGGCAGUGCCGGAGCAGUCGUCCUCACCCCUCUCUUCAAAGUGGGCAAGUUCCUGAGCGCGGAGGAAUACCAGCAGAAAAUCAUUCCCGUCGUGGUCAAAAUGUUUUCCUCGACGGACAGAGCCAUGAGGAUUCGCCUGCUUCAGCAGAUGGAGCAGUUUAUUCAGUACCUCAACGAAGCGACAGUGAAUGCUCAGAUCUUCCCCCAUGUUGUGCACGGGUUCAUGGACACUAACCCGGCGAUCAGGGAGCAGACGGUGAAGUCGAUGCUACUGCUGGCUCCCAAGCUCAGCGACACCAACCUGAACGUGGAGCUGAUGAAGCAUUUUGCCCGUCUGCAGACGAAGGACGAUCAGGGCCCCAUUCGCUGCAACACCACCGUCUGCCUGGGCAAGAUCUCAUCCUAUCUCAACGCCAGCACACGGCAGAGGGUCCUCAUCUCGGCCUUCUCCCGAGCAACCAAGGACCCCUUCGCUCCUUCCCGUGCGGCCGGGGUGCUGGGUUUUGCUGCCACACACAAUUACUACUCGGUGACCGACUGUGCGUACAAGGUCCUUCUGGUGCUGAGUCCACUGACGGCGGACCCCGACAAGAACGUCCGCGACCAGGCCUUCAAAGCUAUCCGGAGUUUCCUGGCGAAGCUGGAAAUGGUGUCGGAGGAUCCGUCCAAGGUUGGGGAUGUGGAGAAGGAUGUCAACUCGGCCUCAUCGAGCCCGGCCGGUGCCCUGGGUGCAGGCUGGGCUGGCUGGGCCGUCACGGGGGUCUCCUCCCUCACGUCGAAGUUCAUGCGAGGGAGCCCGGCGGCGGGAGCACAGGCAGCGGAAGGGCAGCCCGCCGGGGUCCAGGCAGCCGGAGCGGCCCCUGAUGCUGGAGGAGGUGAUGUAUCCAGACCCCCGGCCACCCCGGCGGAACCGGCUCCCGGCGACGAGCCGGCGGAGCAGGAGGAGGCAGACAGGUGGGACGACGAGGACUGGGGCAGCCUGGAGAACCUCGCUGCCGCUGGGAGCAGAGCAACGAAUCCGGCAACAACCGAGUGGGACGCAGCGGGCUGGGAUCUGCAGGAGAGCUGGACACCCGCGGCCGCAGCGUCGCAGGGCCAGUGCUCUGCAGAAGAUAGCUGGAGCACUGAAUGGGGAGAGAUGGCAGCAAAUCCUUCAGUUGGCCUGAAGGUCAAAGGUUCCUCGAGCCGGAGGGAAGCUCGACUGGCCAGUGAGUACAACUGGGACGGAACGGGCAGUGGGAGAAGGCAGGACGACUUUGCCACCAUCAGUCAAGCACCUGCUGCUGACCAGAAAGCUGAGGACACUUGGAAUAACGAUAUUGCUGGCAACUGGGACACAGAGGAAAACUGGGAGUCUGUUGAGUUGGAUCAAGGACUGAGUAAAUCUGAUCUCGCCAGGAAAAAGCGGGAGGAGAGGAAGAAGGAAAUUGAAGCAAAACGAGCCGAGAGGAAGGCUGCCAAAGGACCACUGAAACUCGGUGCCCGAAAAUGUGACUGACUGGAAUGGUGCCGUGCACUGCUAUUCAGCCAAGUUUCUCCACUGUUUGAGGAUGUAAUUUUUAAAGUAUCUUCUGUUCUAUGCCGUAUGUAAGAACAGCAAGGACAUUGCAUCAUUGAUGCUUGGGAUGACCAAACCAGCCAGCAUAUUUGGAUCCAUUAUCAAAAUUGCUGUCUUCAGAAUUGCAUGACAUGUUUGACUAUUGAAGACUAUAAUCUUUAACAAGAUCAUGUCUUGCUAUGUACUUUUAUGAUUAUGCAGUAAAAGGGUAAGAGCUGCAAUAGUUUUUGCAUUUUUAUAUUUCAAUGAUUAACUUUUCAGCUUCAGUUGUGCACAAGUUUUAGUUAGUAAACAAUUUGAGGCCUUCAAUGAGCCACACAGCCCAAGUCCAGGGCUGCUCUCUGACAUUGCAUUUAUCAAUGUUAAUUCCUUAGAGCUGCAUUCUCAAUAAUACUCAAAGCCCCAGAACAUUAUUCAGCCAUUCAUUUAUUGCCAUUUCACAGCAAGCUGUGUCACAAUUAGCCAGAAAGGGAAUUAAAAAUACAUACAUAAAUUGCAAUAGUAACACAAAUUGGUGUCAGCAUUUGUAGUGCCGCCUUCAGGUCUGGGUAUGUUCCACUCCACCAACACAUUGUUCACAAUGGUGCAUCUGGUGCUCCAGCUCUUGCAGUGAAAAGCCAUAUUCUUCUGAACUCCAUUUCAGAAAAGUCAUUUGCAAGAAAGCAAGCCCUUAAUUACUACACAUUAUAAAAACUUGGGUUGAGAAUAGUGCCAGCUGAAGAAAUUCAACCUGUGCAGAAAAUCCAAUCUCUACCAUAUUUUUCCACAGGUUUAGAAUAUUUUCAAUUCCUAAUGCAAAUAAAGCAGCAAAUCAGUGAAUAGAGUAAGGUUCAGUCACAAACAAUUGCCUUCCAUCAGGAUUAGUUUGCAAAAUGAAGCAAAUGCUGCAGGGAUUUGAACCCCAUCCUGGAAACCAGGAGUGCCGACCACCAGCAUCUUUUGCUUUUUUGGGGUGAAUUAUGAAGGCAAAAGCAAAACCUGAGAAAACAACAUUUGUUCUCCCAGUAAAAGAAAACCUGAUUGCUGCCUAAACUUCAAAUUCCGAUGUCAGAUGGUAGAAUUCCUGCAGUCAGUGUAUUCUCAAAACAAUUCUGACGAGAAAUGAAGAAUCUCAAACCAACUGUUCCAUCUCCAAACUCCGAACUUUCAAGCCAAUGCCACUCACUACACUGAAAGGUAACAAAAACUACCACACCAACACAGCACAGAUGGAGACAACCUCAAUUCUGGCAACGUUACAACCAAAAGAAAAUCCAAGUACUGCUGAUCAACACAGAUUACACAUUGUCCAUAGUUACAGCUUAAUGUAGCUUAGUUCAUACAGUUACAUAUGGUGAAAAUACACAUUUGACAGCUUACGGACACUGCACUGUACAAAGGGCUUGCGUUCAUCUGCAGAAUUAGGAGGCUACGUGGCUGGACCCAUCAGGAUUCAGGUAUCUGAAAAACUAAACACAAGCCAUUUUCCCCACCCUAGAAACCCUAUUGAAUUUUCUUUAAAUAGAAAAAGUUUUCAGCACCUGUUUAAAGACUGUCCACAGUGUUCAUCAGCAGCAAGGUCUGGAGACCUGAAAGAACUAAGAACAAGACUGUUCCCACCCUAAACCCCUUGAAAAUGAUGUAAAUAAUGAAAAAAUGAAAAUCAGCACCUGUUGAGCAAAUCCAGUGUACGGCUAUAAUCCAUCUAAGUAGCAUGAACUGUAGACCUGAAAGAACUAAAAACAAGAGUGUUCCCCACCCAAGCCCCUUUGAAAUAGAUUUCAAUAAAGAUGGAUUGAACAACAAAUGGAGCACCUGUUCAGCGAGUCCAGAGUACGGGUAUGUUCCAUGUCUAAGCAGCAAGGCCUUAAGACCUGAAAGAACUAAAAAUAAAGAAUGUUCCCCACCAAAGCCCCUUUGAAAUGGAUUUCAAUAAAAUAGUACAAAUGAAAUUCAGCACCUGUUUAGUCCAGUGUACGACACUAUUCUUCUAUGCAAGCAGCACGGAAUGGAAACCUGAAAGAACUAAGAACAGACUGUUCCCCACCCUAAACCCCUUUAAAUUUGUUUUAAUUAGAAGAGUCAGCACCUACUGGAAAGGCUGUCCAACGCAGCAUAUCCACUGGGUAAUGGAUGGAUACCUGAAAGACUAAGACUCUUUCCUUUGUCCUAAACUCAUCGAUGAGUGCAUUAAGUAUUUUCAGUUCUACUUUGAGCAGCAAGAAUGGAUAUCUGGGGAGAAAGAACAGUGCCAUUUUCAGUCCUAAGACCCCCCCCCCCCCCCCCCAGCAAAUUUUAAUGAAAAACUCUAGUUACUGUUUAACCCAGCACUGGAAUCCCCCCCCCCCCCCCCCCCAAAAAAUGAACCGAAGUUCAUGUUUAUAAUUUAGUGGGAAUCUAAUCUUGUGGGAAAACAUGCAGUAAUAAUCCACAUCUCACUCCUCAGUUUGAAUGAAAUGACCCUUUACAAAAGCCGUAGACAAAUACAACUAGUUGAGUUUGCUUACCAGAUAUACACUUGCAGCUUACUGGAGCCUCCUGAAGCAGGCAGAUUAUUACUUGGUAACUCAUUCAAGCCUUCUAAUUUCACAGCUCACUCAAGCUCAAACAGGCAGUACUACUUGCUAGCUCACUCUGCCUUCUGAAAUUUACUUUUUCCAAAAUUAUUACAUCUACAUCCAUGGUUCAGUUGUAUCUAGGAGAAACAUGCUAUUUGAAAGCAUCACCUACUGCAUUUAGUGAAGGUUGCUGGACCAGAUGUGUAUGCAAUUUCAGGCUUGUUUCUUUGCAUCUGCAAAAUAAAAUCUAAAAAGUAUGACCCUCCUCCCCAUCCACCCCCUCAAUUUGAGGCAAUUUCAAUUUGUAACUUGCAACUUAAAUUUACCAGGUAAAUUUUCAGAAAUCUCAAUAUACAACUUAUCUGUACAGAAGUGCUUCUGAACCCAACUACCAACAUGCUUGGGAAGUGUAGGAUCUGGGACUUGAAACAAGGCUACAAGUCUUGCAAACAGAUUAAACGAUCCAAGAUAUUCAGUCAUACGAACAGCUCCAGCCGCAAAUUCAUUCAUCCUUUUAAAAUGUUAUGAGAUUGUUUCUAGACUCGUGUCAUACCUGAAAAAAUCUGAAGAAAAAAAAAGUCUGAUUCUUCCCACCCCUCCCCAUUACUGAGACAAGCAAUUCAUGGAAACUAAUGCUUACUGAAGUUUCUCUUCAAUGCAAAUCUAGUCAUCUUGCAUUUUCAUCUAUAGCAACUUCAAAACAAUACAUUUUGGACAGGUUCUUAUUACCUAGAGAGCAUGCAAGUAAUUUACAAAGCAAAAUCCCCUGAAGUGGAUUUUACAAGGUAAUUAGUCUCUUAUUUAUGACACCAUGCAGCUAUUAAGCAGCUAAGAAUUGCCAAAUAAGGAAAAUACCAACUGACACCUUCAAUCCAACUUACAAAUAGAUUUGUGAUCAAACAGCCAAUUCUACAAGGUGAAUAGAUUAGAGUGCAGUUAACCAUGCACACAGAAGCCCAAUUCCAUGCUAUUAAUUCUACUUUUCUUCUACCAGAUCAAAUCAGGAUGUACAAAAUUGCAAGUCAAAUUGAAGUGACUUCACAGCAAUUAAAAGAAACUGACAGAUAAGGCUCAGUCAUCUCAGUGGUCUUCAUCCAAGAGCACUGACCUGUCCUCAGGACUAACUAACUGAAAAACGCUUACAAGGCAUUCUACAACAUAUUACGCAGUGUUACCUUAAGAUCAGACAAGAAUCAACUUUAUAUUCUGAAAUCAUUAUGAGAUUCUGCAGGCUUACUUGCUGAGAUUGUAGACAGCUUUACAAGAUCUUGAACAGUUUCCACACCAGGGGAAAAAAAGCUUUUGUAGGAGCACAUCUGGAAAAUAAAAUCUUGGAACAACUUUUCCCUAUCACCCACUGCCCACUCUAGGAAACAAAUUCUUCCAAAGCAGAUGUUUAUUUAUAAGAUAUACAAGCAUGAUGUAAUUUACAAUUACAAAAUGGGAUAGUUUCCUACAGACUCAAUAGGGAUGGAAUUCAAACUUGUAAGUGACAUACAAGAUGAAAAAUCCAAUGCCCGAGAUUGUUUUUGUUUAGACUGGAAAUUUUAGGUUGAAGGUACAAACUCCAGUACAGCAAUAAUUCAGACAGUAAUCAGUUACUGCUCCAGUCUGCCUCAUACACCACUAUAUACACAACUUAAAUAAGAAACAUUACUUGACUUAUCUUGAGCACUGCAACAGGAUGCCAUCAUUCUGAAUGAGCUCUUUUCGUACCAUUACACUGAAAGGAUUAGUUCCUCAGCUGCAUCACAACUGCCUGGUUGAAACUUAGAACACCUCAUUCUUCAGUAUCGUGGAAGUUAUGUUAUUUCAUUGUUUCACUGCAGAUGCGUCUCCCUGGAUGCCUGCAAAAGUCUCAAUAGCACGUGUUCCAUCCUAACAAUCCGCAAAUUUCCUCAAAUUAAGCUAGUUGCAGAUUCUCAAACUCUGGAUCUCUUCCUGCAUGUUAAAUAUUAAAUCUCUAGUUUGCACUGUCCCAAGUUUUCACAAAAAUAGAGGCAAUCCAAAGUUUUGACCUUCCCCAGGUCACAUUCUUCCAUCCAUUUACUGCACAUCGAGUUUAUGCACUUUUCCCAAUCUGGAAGGAGACUUCAAUCUUGUUCCCAUCUUAUUGCUUAAGACACUAAUGCCUGAAAUAUGGUUUAUCCAUUAAGCCAACUUGUUAAUCUGGCAAAAGCAGAAGUUACCUUCAGCUACGUACAACCAAAUCUGAAGUGUAAAAAUUAAAUUCUCAGACUCCAAGGACAAUUAACGACAGAAAUUUGACUUUCGCUAGCUCCAAUAUUCACAUUCCCAAUCCGCUUUAUUGGAUUCAACAUAGUUUCCUUCUCCAUGAUCCUGAAUGGUUUGGCUCCUUGCAGUCAAGAUACAUUACUGACGUCAGGGUGUCUAUAGAAUCUGUAAGAAAAUUCUAAGAAAACUUGUUGUACCCCACCCAGAACAACAGAUUUAUUUCUGCCAAUAGAUGCAUUGUUCAUACUUGCUUUAAGAGAAACAGAUUAAAAAAGUCAUAACCGGCAGGUUUUAAAGCUUUAUACUAAAAUUUUGGAAUUGAUAUUUGGAGAAAUAUAGCUCACACUUAGCUGCGUCUUUGUAUCUUGAUGAAAAGGUGGAAGUGUUGUAAGAAUAGAUGUUGCCUAAGGAAAGCUCCUGUUAAGUAGCCAAAUUAUGAUAUACAGAAAGCCGGUGAUUCAGUUUGCAAUAAAUCUUCUGAUCAACAAUUUCAAGUUUGAUGGGGUCCUGGUAUUAGAGCUGAUUAUUGUCUUAUAUCUGAAAAAUAAGAACUAGAAACCGUUUUGCCUCCCUCCCCCAACACAAAGUUCCACAUAACUUUGGGCUGCAGGCAUAAAGCCCACACAUAGCUCUGAAUGACAGGCAUAAAGCCUAUAUAGAAGAGCUGAAAAUUACAUACUCCAGAAUAUUGCUGCAAAUGCAGACAUUAUCUUAAAGCUGUUUACUCAUCUUCAGACAAUAUUGAUUAAAUGUAUUACAUGCACUAGUGCUGUGUGGAACAUCCCAGCAAAGGCAUAAAGCCAUGCAUGGCAAUUUCAAUUGACACAGUAGCCAUAAACAUUUGAAUACAAACAACCAGUUCAGUGAAUGUGGGCUUAAAGCCCAAUCUGUUUAAUUUUGGUCUGCCCAUUGAUCUCCCCACACUCACAGGCUUAAAGCCUGGACAAUAUACAGACUACACUUUCUUACAGUAGGCAUAAAGCCUCUUCACUUGUCAGCUUCUCCUACUUUGCGCACAGAUAUAUUCCAAAUUAACUAAGUAAACUGUGAAGUCCAAAAGUGCACUUAGCUGUGAAGAAGUGAACCUUAAACUGCUCAGUUGGCAUCAUGUCCUGACCGCAACCUUGACAAGUUACACACUGAACCUCCACCUACUGAGGUAAGAACACAGGACGAGCAAAGCAAGACUUUCCAAUCUGAGGGCUCAUGCCAGUGACUCCCUAGAAAGUGCAGCACAGCGACGGCACCUUGCUCCAGACAGCAAGACAGCUCACAGAAUGAGGUGCCUGGAAGAUAAAACUAGACAUUGUUGCCCACCCAAUGGACCCCACGGUGGGAAGAGGAAGCACGGCACUGGGCUCCGAGCAUACAAACCAGGCUGGCUCAUCUUCACUCUUGCUAUCUGCCUCGCUCCAUCCUCUCUGCCUCCACCUCUUCAUGUGUUCUAGCUCAGCCGCCUCUCUCCUCCCUUGCUCCUGCCUUGCUGCUGGACAGCUCGGUCAUUAUCUUCACUGACCCUGCCUGGCGGGCUCAGCAUCCAUCACAGUCCAGUCCCUUCCUCACACCUACUGAGACCGACAGUAGCACCAGCCAACGGCUCAACUCUCUGCCAUCUUCUGGCCCCCAGCAGCAGGGGGAGGGGGCCAUCCCUGACCUUGCACUUCUGGCUCCUUGCACCGAGAACGUUUACAGAUGACAGCUGAAAACUCACUCACGGCAGCGGCAAAUGACGGCACCUUGUCCCACCCAGACACCCCACGUCACCAUUACCCCUCACCGUCCCACCACCCACCCGGGUCUGCCAGCACCGCCCCUCGGGCCCGGUUACAGCCCAGAGUGAGCUGCCCCCCCAAAAAACACCAUAAACAGGGUCACCCCCUCCCUCAGAACUGCCAGCACCGCCCCUCGGGCCCGGUUACAGCCCAGAGUGAGCUCCCCCUCC